GCUUCCAGCAGGUGAGGAGGGCAAAUGCGAGAGGAGCGGAAAAGCUUUGCUGUCAGGUAGAGAGGUCGUUUGGAAAAUACAGCAAAUGGACGAGAACCAAACCGCUCUGGUCGAAAGCCUCAUAGUUUGGCUUCAGACUUUCAAUCUCUCUGCUCCCUGCACAACAGUGGAGGACCUGACUACCGGAGCAGCAAUAUCACAGGCUCUUCAUCAAAUUGACCCCGCAUGGUUCAAUGAUGGAUGGCUUAGUCGCAUUAAAACAGAUGUUGAAGACAAUUGGAGACUAAAGAUGAACAACCUAAAGAAAAUUCUUCAGAUGGUGGUUGACUAUUAUAAUGAGACCUUGGCCCAGGAUAUCUCAGGUUUCCCUUUACCGGACCUGGCUCUUGUGGCCGAACACUCCGAUUCUGUGCAGCUGGGACGACUGUUGCAGCUCGUCCUGGGAUGUGCUGUAAAGUGUGAACGCAAACAAGAUUAUAUUCAGACAAUCAUGACUUUGGAGGAGUCUGUGCAGCAUGUUGUGAUGACAGCCAUACAGGAGCUCAUGCCCCCAUUUGGAGCUGAGCUGUCGGGGGACAUGGAACAGCAGCUUAAAAAGGCUCUUGAAGACCUUGCUGAAGUUGCUGCAGAGAAGGAGGCUCUGGUCCAACGUUGUCAAGAGCUGGACAUGCAGGUGGGUAUUCUUCAGGAGGAGCGUAACAGUUUAUUGGCAGAGAAUGAUGUGUUGACGGAUCGGGCCAAUCAGCUGGACUCCUUCGACGACCCGAGCACUGCCUCAGGGAAGAAACAUAGUCUCUUACAGCAACAACUGGAAGCCAUACAAGAGGAGAACUUCAGGCUGGAGGCAGCUAAAGAUGAUUACCGGAUCCACUGUGAGGAGCUGGAGAAGCAGCUGGUUGAGGUGCAGCAUCGUAACGAUGAGCUCACUGGUCUAGCAGAGGAGUCGCGAGCACUCAAGGACGAACUGGACGUGCUCAGGAACUGCUCUGACCGUGUGGUGAUGCUCGAGGCCUCCAUCGAAACAUACAAGCGUAAACUGGAGAACCUCGGGGACCUGAAGAGGCAGAUGAAGCUUCUUGAGGAGAACAACAUGACAUACAUGCAAAACACAGUCAGCCUGGAGGAGGAGCUGCGCAAAGCCAACGCAGCCAGAGCACAGCUGGAGACAUACAAGAGACAGGUUCAGGAGCUGCACAGGAAGCUGUCGGAGGAAACAAGGCGAGCAGAUAACCUGGCCUAUGAAGUGAAGAAACUCGAAGAGAAGCAUGAAACUGUACUUAAGGAGAAAGAGAGGGUCAUUGUGGAGCGAGACUCUCUCAAAGAGCUCAAUGAGGAGCUAAAGUGCACACAGGCUCUGCAGCACCAACUUUCUCAAGCAGGGAUGCUUCCCUCAGGCAGCCCCAGCCAUGAUAACCUGGCAGCUGAAUUAAUGCCUGUUGAGUAUAGGGAAAAGUUCAUUCGUCUGCAACAUGAAAACAAGAUGCUGAGGGUGCAACAGGAGGAGUGUGAGAGAGAGAAAAUUGCAGGGCUCCAGACUCAGCUUGAGGAGGCCCAUAAGAGCCGCAGUGAACUGGACACAGAGAUCAGGUUAAGCAGAGAGAGGGUCAGAGAGCUCCAGCAGCAAGUGGAGGACCUUCAGAAGGCCCUACAGAGUCAGGCGGCCAAGCCAGACGACUCACACUUGAAACGGAAACUUGAUGCACAUAUGGUGCAGCUAAAUGAGGCUCAGGAUGAAAUUAUGAAAAAGAAAGAGCUCCUUGAGGACCUCCAGCCUGACAACAGUCAGAACUCCAUGAAGGUGGAUGAGCUGAUGGCUGCUCUUAAAAAGAAAGACGAUGACAUGAGGGCGAUGGAAGAGAGGUAUAAAAUGUACUUGGAGAAGGCUCGCAAUGUGAUCCGAGCAUUGGACCCUAAACUGAAUCCAGCCACUGCUGAAAUCCAGGCUCUGAGGAAUCAAUUAGCGGACCGGGACAAGCAGAUACUCAGCCUGGAGCGUCAAUGUGAGCAGGCCAAAUUGAAGGAAUAUGAAGAAAAGCUGAUUGUUACUGCCUGGUAUAACAAGAGUCUGAACUUUCAAAAGAUGGCCAUAGAGUCACGUCUUGGAGGCCGGGCCGCUCCCCUGCUCACACCGGGCCAGUCCUUCCUAUCCCAGCAGAGACAGGUGUCCAAUGCUCCUCGCCGCACGCUCUCUGUCAAUGUGCCUGCAACAGCGGCAACCUCCAAGUAAACACUGUCCUAAAGUCCCUCUUGUUUAUAGAGACAAUCAGACCAGUGGACAAUCAAGUGGCCUUAACAUGUGCCCUCAACACUCAGGAUGUGAUUCUGAAGAGUACUUGUGUAAUCAAAUUUAGCUUAAAAAACUAUAACCUUAGC